ACGAAACUGAGGCCAGUCCAAAGAUACUUUCUUUUUCCUGUAAAUCAGCUGCUUUUAAUGCUGAGGAAACUCAGAUUUGGAUAGGCAGGCAAAAUGGGAGGAACAUUUUUAUUAUUUGAAGAAACAAAAAAACAGGAAAUUAGGGGGUUUAUAAGAGAGAUGCAGUCCGUCUGAUCGGAGGAGUCUGGCUCUUUUUGAAAGAGAUCAACCCCAGCCUGCCGAGAGACCUUUGAGAAUUAUUCCUUUUAUAAAAGCAAAACACAAUUUGGAUACAUCUAUGCCAUGGCAAGCAGGCAUCCCGCUUUCUCUGAUUCAAAGGGAGGGUGGGGAGUAACAGCACAUUGAGACUUGCAAAAUGCUGUUAUUACUGAAUAACCAGUCGCAAUGAAAAUAAUUCUGGCCUUUCUGUGGAGUUGAUUCCCUGGUCUGGUUUGCCUAGCGAGCCUCAAGGACAUCCGGAGAGUAGAUGCAGCAAGGCUACGCCACCCCGGAAGGACAAGAAGGUUUUUAUUGAUUUGAGUCCUGCCCCUGAGGGUGAAGAUAACCUGCGCAGAAGAAAAAGCAACUAUGGGCAAUAUAUUUCUAAAAGAUGAUGUAAGGAGAGAAUUUGAUGAUUUAAAGAGUCAUUUGAAUCAAGGCAAUAUCCCUGAAGCGGCAGCUGAAUACAGAGGAUAUUUGAAUAAAAUGCAAAAUCUGCCACUUAAUAUUGCAGUUGUUGGAAAGGCGGGUGCUGGUAAAUCCUCCUUCAUUAAUGCCUUCCGGGGCAUAAAUGAUGAUGAUGAGGAAGCAGCCGAGGUUGGUACAGUAGAGGAAAAAACAGUGCCAAAGGCACAUCCCCACCCUUCUCUUCCCAAUACAACGAUAUGGGAGCUACCGGAGAUCAGAACAUGCAAUUCUAACGCAGCUGAAUAUCUCAAGAAAGUCCAGUUUGAAAGAUAUGAUGUCUUUGUUUUGAUUGUCACUGACCGCUUUACUGAAAAUGAUGCUUUCCUGGCAAAGGAAAUACAAAGAAGGAGAAAGAAGUUUUACUUUGUGCGUAGCAAAAUCGAUAUCAGUAUGGAAGGUGAAAGGAGGAAAAGGAAUUUCAACAUGGAGCAAACCCUGGAGACCAUCAGGAAUUAUUGUGAAGAUACCUUGAAGGAGGCAGCUGAGGUCUCCACGAGAGUAUUUCUGGUAUCCAACACGCAUGCACACAUGUACGAAUUCCCUCUCCUGCGAGAGACAAUGGCCACCGAACUUCCUGAUUACAAGAAGCACCUUUUAACCCUGGCUGUGCAUGUUUUCUCAGAAAAUAAUUUGAUGAAAAAAAAGAUUUGCAUGAAUUCCUAUAUAAAGAAGUUAGCGAUAGUAUCUUGCCUUGGUGGAGCACUGCCUGUUGUGGGUCUCUCUAUAAUUUGUGAUAUUGGAAUUCUGAUAGAUGCACUGAUAUGUUUCAGGCGGGUGUUUGCCUUAGACCAGGGGUCCCUCCAUUUUCUGUCACUUCAGACAGGAAAAGGGUUUGAACAGCUGAGAUCAGGGAUCAAGAAAAAGCCCUUAGUCAAAAGAGUCAAUGCACAGCUAGUAUUUUUUCUCCUGAUGAAGUCUGCUUUCCUGGUUAUGCCAACGUUUGUGAAAUAUCUGGGGACAUGUCUUCAUGUAACUGUGUCGGUUGUAGAAUUGCCUCUUUCUUUUAUACCUGUUAUCAGGUCUGUGUUUGGUGGAAUGAGUUCAUUUGCCGUCAUGUAUUAUUUUCUGAACAAAUUUCUCAACAAUGCGGUGGAGGAUGCCCAGAAUAUUCGAGAAAAGUUUCUUAAGUGAUCAAAGUCCCUGUGAAAGGUCCAAGAAGCCGUCCAGCCCCCUUUGAAGGUGAUAAUUUCAUCCAAAUGUGGAGGAAAAAUAUUAAUAUACUUCAAUGCUUUAUUACAACUUUCUUUUUGCUUGCUGGUUAUUCUCUGAUUGAAGUAUGUGCUUGAUCAGCCAAGGGGCAAAUAGGUCUCUUUGCUUGCAAAUGUCUCCAUGAGAAAUUAUAAACUAAAUUUUUAUCUA